AUGGUAUUUUUCCUCGUUGUAACGUACAUCCUGACUGUUAUCUCCAUGGCCUCGACAAACCCAAUCAUUGACGAGGAAUGGGAAAGCUGGAAGCAGGAAUAUGGGAAGAGCUACCCUAGUAUGGAGGAAGAUCAGGCCAGGAAGAAAAUUUGGCUGGACAACCUGGAGAAGAUUGAAGCUCACAAUGCUCAGUAUCGCCAUGGAAAUUCUAUGUAUGAAAUGGCCAUGAAUCGCUUUGGAGACUUGACGCCAAUGGAGUUUGAGCAUUUGUUCACUGAUGCAAGGAUUUCCGAAAUGGCAAAUUAUACAGAAGUUGCGUUGUCAGAUUUUGGAGGAACUGGAAGAAAUCACCAGAUUUUGGAUGAAAUAGAGGACCUUGCUCAGUUUCCCAAAGAUGUGGACUGGCGUCGAAUGGGCUAUGUUAGUAAUGUAAAGAACCAGGGUUACUGUUUAUCCUGCUAUGCGUUUACUGCAGUUGGAGCUCUGGAAGGUCAGUUGGCCAGGAAAACGAACCAACUCGUGGACCUGAGUGUACAAAACAUUAUCGACUGUUCUGAUGGAUAUAAGAAUUAUGGGUGCAAUGGAGGCUUGCCAUACCGUGCCUUCGAAUACGUGCGAGACCAUGGCAUUCAAUCUGAUCAGUCAUACCCGUACCAAGCAAAGAGGAAUAAUGAGUGCUUAUUUAAUAGCUCGAAGAGUGUCACCAAAGUUAAAGGAUUCAGAAGGAUUAAGAGCUAUACUGAGAAAGAAUUAGCUGAAUUAGUGGCAAAUGUUGGACCAAUUUCAGUACUUAUUCGUUCAUCACAUGAUUCCUUCAAAUUUUACAAAUCAGGUAUCUUUGAGAAUGUUGACUGCAACAGUAAGAAAAUUGAUCAUUCAGUGCUCGUGGUAGGGUAUGUGGAUGAACAUCCAAAAGGCUAUUGGAUCAUUAAAAACAGCUGGGGAACUGCCUGGGGUGAGAGUGGCUACAUGCGCUUACUGAUGGGCGAAGACCUAUGCAACAUGGAACAACCUCAACUUGUCUUCAAGUGCAUUUUUGAAAAGGUUGCAAUAAAUGAGGUGACAAUUCUUGAAACAUACCACACAAUCCAGAAACCAGUCAGAGACUGCCAAUCAAGUGGCUCAGAAGAAUUAAGCACGACAGCAGUUGCCAUGCAGCCAAAGUAUAAAAUCAGGCUGAAAACGCUUAUCGAGGUGGUGUCAUCAGGACUAAAACAAUCAGCAGAUUUCAUGCUGGAAGUGGAUCAGUCUUAG